AUGAAGAAAUAUAAAUGCCCUUAUGCGAACCAGUGCGAUUGCAAUGAGACUUUCGAGUCGCAAGAAGCCGCCUCCAACCAUUCUUUCGGGCAUGAUGUCACCCCUUUACAUAUCAGAGAUGGACAGUUUCUCUGUCCUUAUACAGAGGAUUUCGGCAGGAAGGGCUGCAAAGCAACUUUUGGUACGAUCGGCGAAAUAAACGGUCAUAUAUCAUCAGUUCACAAGGAGAAGGGCAUACCUAUCCCAUGUCCCAUAUCCAGUGAUUGCGAAAUCACUGGAUAUCGAACGGAAGGUCUGCGGCUUCAUUGCGAUGUUCAUCAUCGCAAAAAGCACACUUACCCAUGUCCAUACGAAGACUGUGACAAGAGUUACCCCUUACAUUCGAGUCUAUAUGACCACAUUCAAACGAAGCAUUCCGGCAAGAAAUUUGUGUGUCAUCUUUGUGGUAAGGAGCUCAAAAGUCGAACGGGGCUACGAGAUCACAUCAACUCCCCUGCACACAAUGAUAAGACGUAUCCCUGUCCUCACAAAGACGAUCCAGUGAUCCAGUACCCCGAAGAAUUCAGGUCUGCUUUUCUUGCCAAAACGCAUGCAAGAAACGAGCAUGAAGGUCAUAAAGAUGAUGAGAAGAAGAUUCACACAUUUCCUGGAGCAGGUGACCCCUACAACUGCACCGAGAAAUCCAGCGACAAAUCAAAUGCGAGAUCGCACUACCGUGAUGUGCACCUCAAAGUCACACAAAAGUGCCCACAUUGUGGCAUAGAUGUCAAAAACUUAACGAAACAUCUAAAGUAUCACGAGAAGGAAUUCCUCUGUCCGGACUCGGCGUGUACGAAGAGAUUAGAUACGAGCGAAGAAGCAUUAUUACAUGUAACAGACCCUUCACAUCAACCAAAUGUCUCGAUGUUCGACUGUCCUUUCAGCUCGUGUCAUCUUGCUGUCAAAGGCAGGGGACUAUUGAAACAUGCACUGGUAAAUCACUGGAAUAUGCAUAUCCGAAAAGGACAUGUUUCCCAUGAGGAAAAACUUGUGUUGAUUCCUUUUAAACGGCGCCCGUUUCGAAUGAUGGAGCUAUUCGAGGAUAUUUACAAGAGUGGGAAGUUUAUAGAUCAUACCUGCAACACUGACUCCGGCGACUCAAAUUCUCCUGAAGACGACCAAGAGGAUCAGCACGAAGAAGACCAGGAGAUCGAAAACAGGAAAGCCAACGAGGAUAAGGCGGUUAGCUUGGCAACUCGAGGGCAGAAUUGCCCUGGCGCUAGUUCUGUAAAAGAUGGUUUGGUUCUAGAGAGGUGCCAGUUUCUCACGAUUAUCGACCUUGAUACUGCACGUCUCAAGCAACGAAAAGGUAAAACCAUCUUGGAGGGCCGCUGCGUAGAGUGUCAAGCAUCCCUGAGAGAAAAGCAGCUACUCUCUCGCUUUACUAACUCAAGUUUGGACGGCCUCAAAGAUGUCGACGUGAAUUCUCUGAGAGAGAGAUUUACCAACUAUACUCAAACAAAAUGGCAGGUGCCCGCCGAUUAUCAGACAGUUAUGGACAUAGCAGAAAAGAUCAAGGCUGGAAACCGCCUGGGUACCAAACUCGUCGUCCUGGACGUCGAGUUUUCCCCCGUAUCCGACCAAGUUUGGGAAAUCGCUGUGGUUGAAUUUGUUUCAGGGAAAGUUGUAAUAAACGCGCUGGUCGAUCACGGCGACGAUAUCAGACACACAUUCUCGAGUUACAAAACCCCCAAACUUCUUGAAGAAGUCAGCAAGUCUGUACACCGAAAGGUAUACUCCCAGGAGGGGAGGUUGAAGAAGUAUGGCAAUGGGGACCCCGGGAUCUUCAGUUGUCACAACGGCUUCUAA